UCGGCGAGAACGGGACAGUAGAGAGACAGACAGCACAGGAGCGCACAGCAGCGGCACUGAGCGCUUUAACCCGCUAUUCCUACAACAGUAUUUACUGUUUAUACUAUAGUAUCUACUUAUAGUGAUAUUAUAAGUUAUGCAUUAUUAACAGGCUAGUGCGUAAAGACAUGAGCACCAGAAACAGAUCCCCACCGGACUGAUCAAUAACACGCAUCCUCUUUCAUCAGGACCACCGGCUUUAAACCUGGACGUGCAUUAAACAAGUGGAUUUUAUUAUAUAGGCAAUAUCCUGCUAUUGUAGGAAGAAUCGGAUGCUUUGAUUCGCUGUGUGAAGUGUAGAGCAUCAGCGUCAGUGGACUUCAUCCUCUUCCUCAGUCUCUGGAUCCGGACACAAUGGAUCUGACAGCGGUCGCGCUGCUCGUGUCGCUCAUCUCCGUGUCUCUGUCUGCGGAUAACGCGGGCGGUAAAGUGCGGAGCUGCACGGACGUGCGCCACUUCUACAGCGGAAAAGGCUUCACGUUAAACGGCGUCCCGCAGUCUGAGAUAUCAGGCGAGCAUCUCCGCAUCUGCCCGCAAGGUUACACCUGCUGCACCAGUGCCAUGGAGGAGACACUGUCGAACCUGAGCCGCCGAGAGUUUGAAGGCCUGGUGAGGGAAGCGGGACGUUCCAUUCAAGCCUCGCUGAAUGCCCAAUACAGGACUUUUGACACAUACUUUCUGGAACUUCUAAAUGGCUCUGAACGGUGGUUGGAGGAGGCGUUUGUGGCCGCUCUGGGGGAUUUGUACCGACCUAAUGCAGGAGUGUUUCGUGACCUCUACGCUGACCUGCAUCGAUAUUACAAUGGUGCCAGCCUGAACCUUGAGGAGGUCUUGGACGAGUUCUGGAUGAAGCUCCUGGAGCGCCUUUUGAAGGCAUCUGACCCCGAGACUGCCUCGCUGCUCUCAGACGACUUCCUGGAGUGUGCCUCCAAGCAGACAGAGACCCUUCGUCCUUUUGGAGAUGCUCCACGUGAACUGAAGGCCAAGCUGGUGCGGGCAUUCAUCGCUGCUCGGGCAUUCGUCCAGGGCCUUAAUGUGGCUGGAGAGAUUGUACGGAAGGUGUCACAGGUUCCUCUGAGCCCAGAGUGCAAUCGUGCCAUUAUGAAGCUAGUGUACUGUCCUCAUUGCCGAGGUCUGGAAUCAGUCAAACCUUGCGUCAACUACUGCAAGAACGUCAUGAAGGGCUGCCUGGCUAAUCAGGCUGACCUAGACACUGAGUGGCAGAGCCUUAUAGAAACGAUGCUACAGGUGGCCACCAGUUUUGGUGCCGAGCCCAGUAUGGACACGGUGAUCUACUCAAUUCCUGUGAGAAUCUCAGAGGCAGUUCUCGCCAUGCAGGAGAACAUGGAGAUCUAUACCAGCAAGGUUUUCAAGACCUGUGGGGACCGUGGUGAGGAAGGCACACCAAGCUCAAUAUCCGAGGAGCCAAAAAAGAAAGGGAGUACAGUUACUGCCCUGGAAUACAAACCCAGCCCCAAAUCUGCAGCCAGACUGGAGGUGCAGGUCACAGACGUGUCCAGUAAACUCAAGGAAAUGCAAUUUUACUGGAUCCAACUCCCUUCGGCUCUGUGCAGUGGUAAAACAGCAUCCACAACCAGUGGUGAUAAAUGCUGGAAUGGCAUCACCAAAGCCAGUUACCUCCCAGAGGUCAUGGGCGAUGGGCUGGCCAAUCAGAUCAAUAACCCAGAGGUGGAGAUCGACAUCACCAAACCCGACAGGACAAUACGUCAACAGAUCAUGCUGCUGAAGAUCAUGUCUAACCGCCUGAAAAAUGCCCUCAACGGCAACGACGUGGAUUUCCAAGACACAAGUGAUGAUUUCAGUGGCUCAGGGAGCGGCAUGUGUGCGGACCACCUGUGCAUUCGUGGUAGACCUCCGGUUUUUGGGCCGAAAACGGACAGGCCCAAACUCUAUGCCCAUGGUCCUGAAAACAAAAGAGUCAAAGGAUCCGGAAACCAGAUUCAGCCUUCUGUCAUCUUACUGGUUCUAUUACUCACGAGUCUACUGCUUAGACGAUAAUGGAGAUGCUUCAUCUAACGCUGGGAUCGAACUUUGGGAUCUGGUUCAGGAAAUUUGGGAUAGGACAAGGAAUGUUUAAAAAAAAGAAUAGCAAAAAUGAGAAAAGUUGAGCUUAAUAAAAUUGCCAAAAGAAAAAAAGAAAACUUUUGAGUGUAUGGACAUUUUAAUUCCUCUGGAAUAUGACAGAGACCAUGAGAAUUGGUGGAAAAGGAAUUUUGUUUUUGUGUUUUUAUGUUUUGUAAUAUAUGUCAGAUUUAAGUGCUGACUUGUUACAUCAAUCGGCAUCUUGUUUUUUUUUACCUUUGAAUGUAAAAAGAAGAACUGGACAGGGAGAAUGCCGGUUUAGAUUUACAAUAUGAAUUUCUCAGCAACCUAAGCAACUUACCCACAGUUCUUUGCUCUUAAAGUCACACAGUCACCAAAUCACCUAGUGUUUCAUUUCACCAUGCUUGAGUUAUGCAUUCGUCUUUGCACAACUGUCCAUUUUGUCUUAAAUAUUUCACAGAUGGACAUAAUUACAAAACACUACAUUAGUCAAAUCCCAUUUAGAUUACAAAAUGUAUGAACUUUGGCAUGGACAUGAAUCGAAAUACGGAAAUUGCUGAGUAUCUAAGAAACUAUGUAAUAGUGUUUUUUUUUAAACUGUGAUUCAUUUGGUUUAGUCCAGAAUAAUUUUGUAUGAUAACAAGUUGCAAUAAUGGGUCAAUUUCAUAAAAACUAACAAAAAAAAAAAAAAAAAAGAAAAAAAAGAAA